UCUGUUCGGGCAUGCGUGCUAAGUCUAAGUCGAGCAUGUCCCUAACAAUCAGUACCUGUGACACUCCUUAAACCUGUCCCCAGAAGGUGGGAGGGCCCCUCCGGGGCUUAAAUCUUGGAUUUCUUUUUAUCAAGGUGGUUUCAGCUGGGAGGAAUGAGCUAUGGCUUAGGCAAGGACAGGUAGGGUGAGAGUCUAUGGCAGAUGUGGACAAGAACUUGACGCAGGGACCCCACAGAAAAGAAGGGGACCCUUUCCUCCUGGAUGUCACAGAAACCCAGCUCAGCCCCAGUGCCUUACCCACACUGCUGCCUGUUAGCCUCUCCCACAAAGCCAGACCUCCUUUCUCCCCAAAGCUGUGGUCUGCUCCUCUGUCCCAGCCUGGCCGCCAGUCACAGGCUCCUGCAGGGACCAGCCUGUGGGCAGGGCUGGAGCGGAGAGAGCCUGCCAGGAAGCCAGGGAGGGGGUCAGGAUGUCUGAGGAAGGCCCCCACCAAUACACAGCCCUCUACUCCAGACAACAGCGCAAAACCAUAGGGGGGGAGGACCCUCUUGGCAACCCACAUGUAUGCAUGUGCACAUGUGUACACACAACAUGUGUGCACUGUAGACAAUGCAUACAUGCAUGUGCGCUUACAUGAAUACAACAGACACAAUGCAGACACACAAGUACACAUGUGCACACAGCACAGGUGUGUGAUGUAUGCAUGCACAUGUGCACACACAACAGACGUGUGUCUGUCUGGACAGACAACACAGACCUACACACAUGCCUAUGUGUCACACACCCCUUGGCUUCCCUUAACGCACUAGUUUCCUUAGUGAGAUGCAGGCUUGUCCCCAGUUGUGUUGAGUGACCAGGAGAAAGGGGUUGGGAUUUUUUUUGUGCCUGAGUGGGAAGGGCUGAUGGGGCCACCGAGAGUCCCAACCUAAAGGAGUCUGCCCCUGGAGAGCCCCCGCCUCCUGUUCCUGCCCCUGCCUUCCCCAGCCCUGCUCAGCAGCCCCAUCCAGCCCAAGCUCUGGGCUGGUUACGGACGUGCCACCUGAGCCCAGGCCAGGGGCUAUUUUAGGUACAGCUCCUUGGCCGGCAGCCCCCUUCUGCCAGCAGCUUUUCUACUGGCCACCUGCCGCCUGUCAGGCCUAGAAUGCUGAUUGGCAGUUAGCAGGGGUGGGGGCAGGGGAGAGACUGUUAUAAAGCUGGGGGUGCCGGAGAGUAGCUGUCCCCGUCCAGAGCCCCCGUGGUCCCUGCUGCCACCAUGGCCACCCACCACCGCCUUGUGAUGGUCCGGCACGGUGAGAGCACAUGGAACCAGGAAAACCGUUUCUGUGGCUGGUUCGAUGCAGAGCUGAGUGAGAAGGGGGCCGAGGAGGCCAAGCGGGGAGCCAAAGCCAUCAAGGACGCCAAGAUGGAGUUUGACAUCUGCUACACAUCGGUGCUGAAGAGGGCCAUCCGCACCCUCUGGGCCAUCCUGGACGGCACGGACCAGAUGUGGCUGCCCGUGAUACGCACCUGGCGUCUCAACGAGCGGCACUACGGGGGCCUCACGGGCCUCAACAAGGCAGAGACAGCCGCCAAGCACGGGGAGGAGCAGGUGAAGAUCUGGAGGCGCUCCUUCGACAUCCCGCCGCCCCCCAUGGAUGAGAAGCACCCCUACUACAACGCCAUCAGCAAGGAACGUCGGUACGCGGGCCUGAAGCCCGGGGAGCUGCCCACCUGCGAGAGCCUCAAGGACACCAUCGCCCGGGCCCUGCCCUUCUGGAACGAGGAGAUUGCUCCGCAGAUCAAGGCCGGCAAGAGAGUGCUCAUCGCGGCCCAUGGGAACAGCCUGCGGGGCAUCGUCAAGCACUUGGACGGGAUGUCGGACGAGGCUAUCAUGGAGCUGAACCUGCCCACGGGGAUCCCCAUUGUGUAUGAGCUGGACCAGGCACUGAAGCCCACCAAGCCCAUGCAGUUCCUGGGUGACGAGGAGACUGUGCGGAAGGCCAUGGAGGCUGUGGCUGCCCAGGGCAAGGCCAAGUGAGGGGUGGGCUUGGGCAAUAAAGGCACCUCCUAGCACUG